GAGAGAGUUGGACGUGAGACAGAGGAAGGUACAUGUGAUGAAAGGAGAAACAAAUUGGAUAUGAAAACAGGUGGAUAUGAGAGAAAGAGUGACGGAUGGAUGGGGGGAGGAGAAGACAGAAACAGAGAGGUGGAUGUGAGGAGACCGGAGGUGCAUGUGAAGAAGUUAGGAGACGACACAAUGGGGCUGAGUGGGUUUGGAUUUCCCUAUUCGGAUUACAAAGCAGAAGUCAUUAAACUGAGAUCAAAGAGAUGACCGAGACAAAGAUGAGGAAGAGUAUUUAAACUGAAAAUAGUCUACUUUAAAAUUAUUAUUAUUUAUGACAUACAUGCCUUUGGACUGACCCCGUCAUCCAACACAUCUUACAAUACAGAGAAUACAUUGGCCUUAGUUGGAAUCGAACCCGUGACCCUGGCAGUGAUCAUGUGACCACAAGCGAAGCCACCAGAUGAGCUCGACAGGACCCAGCUUCAGAUCAGUAAAGAUACGCCCGACUUGAUUACAGUCCAUUCCAGCUGCUUCUGUUCUUCCUCGGCAGGUUCCAGUCCACUUCGGCACCAGUCUCCUAGUGAGAUGGUAGCAAACUGUAAUGGCCUCAUCUACGACAAACUUUGGACCUCCAUUCAGGUCCUGAUGCUGUUCGUGGGACUAGCGGCUAACCUGCCGUUAGCUUGGCUCUUCAUUAAGGAGAGCAAAAAUCUGUCUCCCGCUAAGGUUGUAGGUGUGAACCUUCUGGUGAUGCAGCUCCUCCACAUCGUUGUGGCGCCCGUGGGCAUCGCCAUUCGCGUUUUUUACGUGGCGCAGAAGAACGACACGCUGAUAAACGAAAAUGUCACUUCUGUGAACCCGCGGUGGACAAAGGCCGUGGAGGAGGGGGCGUACAACCUGUUGAUGACGGGCUGCCCCAUGCUGCUGGCCGUCAUGUGCUUGGAGCGCUAUGCGGCCGUGGCCCGGCCCCUGGUGUACCUGAGGGCCCGCAAGUGGGGGUACAAGAUCGCGAUCUCGGCCGCUGUCUGGACCGUCACGCUCAUCUUCGUCAUGACGACAGGUGAGGAUGUUUACGUCUUUAAGGGGUUACAAAAAAUUGCCAUGCCCGUGUCCGUGCUCGUGUGCGUCCUCUUCGCGGUCAUGCUCUACUGCCUGGUGGGUCUGGCCUGGUCGCUGGGGCAACAGGGCCCCGCCCACUCCAGCGCCCUGCCGCAGAAGAGGCGGGCCCUGAAGAACGUCCUGCUGGUCAUCGUGCCGGCCGUCUUCGCCUACCUGCCCGUCUUCUUCCUGGCACCCUUGUUGACGUCCAGCAGGGUAGACCGUGUCUGGUGCAACAUGGUGGAGGUGCUCCUCGCCUGCCCGUCCAUCGGCGUCUUCAUCGGGCCCAUGUUCUACUGUGCCAAGUUCAAACAGGUGCUCUGCGGGCGGGGGGGUGGGGCUUGCGGGUCCGGUUAG